UAUUACUCAAAUUGCGCUUUAAUCGAGACCCCAUUUGUCCCAAAACCGUCAUCAUCAAGCUGCCAAUCACAAACAAUACUGCUGCUGCUAAAGCUAAACCACUCUUUUCAUUUCCAGAGUUGUUUAAUUGUUUUUCCCCAGUAGUAAUUUUAUUAAUUUGUACUAUUACUACUUCCUACUACUAAUUGAUGAUGGAUUUGGGGAGUGUUUAAUACGGUUUUUGGUGUAUAUAAACCCACCUCGGGGAUCACCUUCUCCACCAUCAUUCAUCAAACUUCAUUCAUUCAUUCAUCUCCUCUGUUUCGUGCAGUUCCGUUACUCUUUUUCUUUCUUUUCUCAAAGAUUCUUCCUUUCUUUCUUUCUUUCGUUUCUUCCAUUGAUUGAUUGCUCCUUUACUGGGCUUUCUUUCUCUCUGUUUUCUUCCUUCUUUUCAGUCCUUUUGGUCAUUAUUCACAAGGUAAUUUACACGGAAAAAUUCUGCUACAUUUUCUUCUUUUCCUUUUUCCCUUCUAUUUUCUGCAUGCAAUCUUUUCUUCUUCUUUAUCUUCAUUGGGGAAGAAGAAAAGAAAGUUUUUUUCUUUUUUUUGUUUCAACUGGGCUCGGCUUAAGUUUCCUUUUCAGUGGCUCUGAAGUCAGAAAACUUCGGUCUGAGAAUUUUCUCGCAGAGCUGAUUUGUCGGUUCUGGGAGAUCUUGGAUUAUGCCAAACCAGGAAAAGGAAAAAAAAAAAUUGGCCGGGGGCAGAGAUUUUAGGAGUAUACACUAUUUUGAUUUCGUUGAAUUAUCUGCUAAAAAUUCUGGGUUUAGAAGUUGGUGGAUUAUUUAUAAAUUAAAACGGGAAAGUCAGAUGGGAUAAGAAGAAAAGUACAAUAAAUGAAUAAACUAUGUCGGUUUGCCGGAAUCACAUAACUUGUCCGGCAAGAUGGUUUAAGCUACUAGAAGAUCUGAAAUUGGGAAAGCCAUUGACUUAAAAAAGGAAUACAAAAUCAGAACAAAUAUUCUCUGGUCCAAAAUUUGGUCUCUGGAAAUUUCAAUUUUUUUAAAUUAGGAAGGGUCUAAUUUUUAGCUCAUUCCUUUUCUUGUUGUCCAAUUUGACAAUAAAUUCACGUAUUCCUCUCCAUGCAUCAUCCAUACUUGCAAUCCUUCUCUGCAAUACUUUUUCUCUUAUAAGCUAGCUAUCUGAUCCAUCAAUCACCAAGUGUUAUGGCGGAACGUGUUCUGACCCGUGUUCACAGCCUUAGGGAACGUCUUGAUGCUACUUUGGCUGCUCACCGCAAUGAAAUCUUGUUGUUCAUGUCAAGGCUUGAAAGCCAAGGGAAGGGGAUCCUAAAACCCCAUCAACUUUUGGCUGAGUUUGAAGCCAUUAACCAAGAUGGCAAGCAGAAACUCUCUGACCAUGCUUUUGAAGAAGUGCUCAAGUGCACUCAGGAAGCAAUUGUUUUGCCUCCCUGGGUUGCACUGGCCAUCCGUCUGAGGCCAGGUGUGUGGGAAUACGUCCGAGUCAAUGUUAACGCCCUUGCCGUUGAGGAGUUAACUGUUCCUGAGUAUUUGCAAUUCAAAGAAGAGCUUGUGGAUGGAGGCAAAAAUGGCAACUUUGUUUUGGAGCUGGACUUUGAGCCAUUUACCGCAUCUUUUCCCAAGCCUACUUUGACCAAGUCCAUUGGCAAUGGAGUUGAGUUCCUCAACAGGCACCUCUCUGCCAAAAUGUUCCAUGACAAGGAGAGCAUGGCUCCUCUUCUUGACUUUCUCCGUGUCCACCAGUACAAAGGAAAGACAAUGAUGCUCAAUGACAGAAUCAAGGACCUAACUACUCUCCAAGCUGUCCUCAGGAAAGCGGAAGAGUACCUCACCACGCUUCCAGCAGACACACCAUACUCUGAUUUCGAACACAAGUUCCAAGAAAUUGGAUUGGAAAGAGGGUGGGGUGACACUGCCGAGCGGGUGUUGGAGAUGAUCUGUAUGCUCUUGGAUCUCCUUGAGGCUCCUGAUUCUUGCACUCUUGAGAAAUUCUUGGGUAGAAUCCCUAUGGUUUUCAAUGUUGUCAUACUUUCUCCCCAUGGAUACUUUGCCCAAGAAAAUGUGUUGGGAUACCCUGACACUGGUGGCCAGGUUGUUUACAUUUUGGAUCAAGUUCCAGCCUUGGAGCGUGAAAUGCUUAAAAGGAUCAAGGAACAAGGGCUUGAAGGUAUCAAGCCUCGCAUUCUCAUUAUAACUAGGCUCUUACCUGAUGCACCUGGAACCACUUGUGGUCAACGUCUUGAAAAAGUUUUUGGGGCGGAAUACUCUCAUAUACUCAGGGUUCCCUUUAGAACUGAGAAAGGAAUUGUCCGCAAAUGGAUCUCUCGUUUUGAAGUUUGGCCAUACAUGGAAAGAUUCACUGAGGAUGUGGCAAAAGAACUUGCUGCUGAAUUACAGGCAAAACCAGAUUUGAUCAUUGGCAACUAUAGUGAGGGUAACCUUGUUGCCUCUUUGCUUGCUCACAAGUUGGGUGUAACGCAGUGUACCAUAGCCCAUGCUUUGGAGAAAACUAAGUACCCUGAUUCUGAUAUAUACUUGAGCAAAUUUGAUGAGAAGUAUCACUUUUCAUGCCAGUUCACCGCAGAUCUUAUUGCGAUGAACCACACAGAUUUCAUCAUUACUAGCACUUUCCAAGAAAUUGCUGGAAGCAAAGAUACUGUUGGACAGUAUGAAAGCCACAUGGCCUUCACAAUGCCAGGAUUAUACAGAGUUGUACAUGGUAUAGAUGUGUUUGAUCCAAAAUUCAACAUUGUUUCUCCUGGAGCUGACAUGAACCUCUACUACCCAUAUUCUGAGAAGGACAAGAGAUUGACAGCUCUUCAUCCCGAGAUUGAAGAGUUACUUUACAGUGAUGUUGAGAACGAGGAACACCUGUGUGUGUUGAAAGACAAGACAAAGCCCAUCUUGUUCACCAUGGCAAGAUUGGAUCGUGUGAAGAACUUAACCGGGCUUGUGGAAUUGUAUGCAAAGAGUCCUAAACUGAGGGAAUUGGCCAACCUAGUUGUGGUUGGUGGCGACAGAAGGAAGGAAUCCAAGGACAUUGAGGAGCAGGCUGAGAUGAAGAAAAUGUAUGAACUUAUUGAGAAUUACAAUUUGAAUGGCCAAUUCAGAUGGAUUUCUUCUCAGAUGAACCGAGUAAGGAAUGGUGAGCUCUACCGGUACAUUGCUGACACAAGGGGUGUGUUCGUGCAACCUGCAUUUUAUGAGGCCUUUGGUUUGACUGUUGUUGAGGCAAUGACUUGCGGUUUGCCGACAUUCGCCACCAUGUACGGUGGUCCUGCUGAGAUCAUUAUCAAUGGAAAAUCUGGUUUCCACAUUGAUCCAUACCAUGGUGAGCAAGUUGCUGAAGUCCUUGUCAAUUUCUUUGAGAAAUGCAAGAAAGAGCCUUCUUAUUGGGAGACCAUUUCGGCCGGUGGCCUAAAGCGUAUCCAGGAGAAGUAUACAUGGCAAAUCUAUUCGGACAGACUAUUGACCCUGGCUGGAGUUUACGGAUUCUGGAAACAUGUCUCCAAGCUCGAUCGCCAGGAGAUUCGCCGUUACCUCGAGAUGUUCUAUGCUCUCAAGUACCGCAAGCUGGCCGAAGCAGUCCCAUUGGCUGUUGAGUGA